AUGGAAAAAGAUGAAGAUGAAAGAUCAUGGUGGAAUAAGGUUGGAUUACGAGGAAGACGAGGAGCAAUCGGCAAUAUUAUGACUAUUAUCAGUGUUGAUGUGGUUGGACCGUCCAGGUGGACAAUCAACGGCAUAAGCUUUACGUUAAGCAAUGAUGGUGGAU